GUUAAUAGAGAAUACAUUUACCUUAGUUCUAAUGCAGCAAGUUUAUCAGUCUUUGCUACAAAGGCUGGAGAGAGCUUGGCUUUCACGGAAGAUAUUCUCUCUAUGAGAAAUGUUUUGAGCUAGAAGAAAAUCUGGGGAAAAGAAUUGCCCCUAGUGAGAGCGCUUUUGAGAACAUGUUGGAGAAUGAAAUCUGGAUUACAGUUUAAGCAAAAGUUUAUCCAAUUGUGAAAUAAAUUUCUCAAUGUUCAUAACUUACUGCAUUUGUUUCUUUCCUUCCCAUAGCAACAAGAGCAAGACCCAACCAACCUAUACAUCUCAAAUCUCCCCAUUUCUAUGGACGAGCAGGAACUUGAGAAUAUGCUGAAACCCUUCGGACAUGUCAUUUCCACAAGAAUACUAAGAGACGCUAAUGGCGUCAGCAGAGGAGUUGGCUUUGCCAGAAUGGAAUCUACUGAAAAGUGUGAAGUGGUAAUUCAACAUUUUAAUGGAAAAUAUCUGAAAACACCACCAGGCAUCCCAGCCCCUAGUGAGCCUUUACUGUGCAAAUUCGCUGAUGGAGGACAAAAGAAGAGACAGAAUCAAAGCAAAUACACCCAGAACGGGAGGCCUUGGCCCAGGGAAGGAGAGGUGAGUCCUGAGUGAUAACUUUUGCUCAGAAAUUUGGAAACAGGCACCCCUUAGAAGGGCAUCAAAGCUGAUUUUGGGGACCAUGGUGAAAUUGGGUCCCGUGGAAACCAAAUGGCUUCAAAGAGGGUGAUGAGCAGGCUUAUGUAAAUGUGUUCAGAAACUCUGGUGGCAUAGUGGUUAACCGCUACGGCUGCUAACCAAAAGGUCAGCAGUUCAGAUCCACCAGGUGUUCCUUGGAAACUAUCUGGCAGUUCUACUCUGUCCUAUAGGGUCGCUAUGAGUUGGAAUUGGCUCCAUGGCAAUGGAUUUGGCUUUGGUUUUGGUUUGUAUAAACGUGUUCAAGAUAAAAUGAAUCUAGAAGGAUUUUAGGACUUCAAAAUCAGUCUCAGUUCUACGCUUCAUCAAGUUUUCUGUCUUUAAGA